GCGGUUUGUUCCAAGUGCACACCGACCUUUACACAAUGAACGCCGUGGUUCUACUGAUUGCUGGGAUGUCUGUCUGUGUGUCUGUACGAGCAGACGACACAUACGUAGUUGGCGGGCUUGGUCCCACGAAGUUUGCCACCGAGGAGGUCCAGGACCUUGUCGACUUGCUUCGAGAAGAAAUUAUUAGCAAGCUCCCCCUGGGGUACGACCAGGAGAAACCUCUCCCAGAAUUCACCGCGCGCUUAUACAGGGAACAGGUUGUCGCGGGAACAAACUUCUUUGUUAAGGUAGAGACUGGACCACUUCGAUUCAUUCACGUGAGAAUUCACGCCGAUCUCACGGGUGAGGCUCACGUGGUUCAGGUGCAGAUUGGAAAAACAAUGGGAGAUUCAUUGGAGUAUUUCUAGAAUGAAUAUUUUUCUGUAUUUAAAUUUCUAAGAAAUAAAAUUCAGUCAAUUGUAUCAUAAACCGUCGUGUUCAAUAAAAGUUAUGGAGAUGCAUCCAUUUUUAAAAAGUA